CUCCAAGCUUCAUGGUUAAACCAAUCAAUUCCUUAAUUAAAAUAUCAUAUCAUUUGUUAAUUCUUGAUUAACGGCAAGAGCAGUUGUGUACAAGUGGCAACACUUCAGUGGCUUGUUUUACAACGUACAAAUCUACUCUUUGUUACAACGUAUUAUAUUAUAUUUAGUUAUGCAUAACCUCAACUUGACCUUUUAUUUCAAUACCAAAUUCUCUAAUUUAAAUAAUAAUUCAAGGACAAAACGCGGGUCGUGCAUGUCUCUGAUUACAAAGUUAAAUAAUACUAAAGAGUAAAAUUACUUGCUUAUGUUGCCUAUACAGGAGAAUAAAAUAAUCACGUGUUGGUAAAGUACUUUAAAAGUCUAAUUAUCUUAAUUAUAAUUGUUAAUAAACACUACGUUUCAUAUCGUCGUAUAGACCAGUUAGUCUUAUUUUGUCAUUCAUUGUAUAACGUUGUGAUAAGAAUUCCGAUAAGGAGAUAAUCAUAUAAGAAUUUAAUUUUGCUUUUUACAAAAUUGUUUAAGGUGACAAAUUUAUAUUUACAUCAGCGAAAACAAUGGCAAAAAACUUACCAAAAAUGAUGAAGGCUGUGGCCCUUUAUAAGUAUUUACCUAUAGCGGAUCCAAAUAGUUUAUUAGAUGUAGAAGUUAAUUUACCUACAUUACAGAAGAACGAUGUGUUAGUCGAAGUAAAGGCGGUGUCAGUGAAUCCUAUCGACACGAAGCAACGGGCCCCAAAACCUGAUAUUGAAACGACGCCACGAAUUUUAGGCUGGGAUGGUGUCGGCAUAAUUGUUCAAAAAGGUGAAGAGUCCAAACUUUUUAAUGUAGGAGAUGAAGUAAUCUUUACUGGUAAUUUAGGCAGAAAUGGCUGUAAUGCUCAAUAUGUUGCACUGCAUGAAUAUUUAGUAGGUCCAAAGCCAAAAAAUCUUACUUUUGAACAAGCUGCUGCAAUGCCUCUUACUGCUGUUACUGCAUAUGAAUCUCUCUAUGAGCGAUUAUUACUGACUGAUAAGGAUGCAGGCAAAUCUAUUUUAAUAAUUAAUAGUGGAGGUGGAGUUGGCUCAGUUGCAUCACAACUUGCUAACAAUUUAGGUCUUCAAGUAAUUGGAACUGCCUCAAGACACGAGACUUAUGAAUUUUCUAUUAUAAAUGGUGCAAGUAUAGUUCUUAACCACAGUAAGGAUUUGAUUCCUCAACUAGCCGCUAAUGGCUUUGGAAAUGGAGUUGAUUACAUUCUAGUUAAUUAUGAUCCAUAUCCAUACUGGGAUACAUUAAUGAAAGUAAUCAAGCCACAGGGCAAAAUAUGUUUAAUAGUAGACAGCAGUGAUUUGGUGGACUUGCGGCCAUUAAAAGACAAAAGUAUCACCUUAGCUUCUGAAUCUAUGAUGACCAAGAUUAAGUACAAUACUGAAGACUUGUUUAAACACCAUGAGAUGUUGACGGAAGUUUCAAAAAUGUUAGAUAAUGGUCUGUUAAGAUGUACACUGACAAGAGUUUUAUCACCUUUUAAUGCAGAACAUUUAAAACAAGCUCAUAAAAUUAUAGAGGAAAAGAGAAACAUUGGAAAAUUGGUUCUUACAGGGUUUUAAUUGCAUUGAAAAUAUUAUAACAAUAUACAUUGUGUCAAUAUCAAUAAGAAUUAAUUUGGAUUAUGCUUA